GCCGGAUUGGCGCCACCUUGGAAGAUGCCAUUAUUGUCUCGGUCAUCAGACCACGUCCGGACUUCUGGGCGGCAACUGCAGCAGCUAAUGGCACCAGUCGUACGAGAGCAACCGAGUGAAGUACCAAGGUACAACGUUGCUGAGUCUGGGUCCCCGGACGAUGAGCUAGUCAGAGACCAUAUCUACUAAAGAUUUGGUUAUUCGCUCCGUGUCUCCAUAUAUAUUCUAAUCCUCCCCCCCCGCUUUCUGACACCGAAAUUUUUUUAUGUUCUGCCCUUGAUACGUAGGCUGGUGUUUCAAUCUCUCCGAGACUCCUCCACUCUCAUUCACAAUCCAUGGCGUUCUAUAACCCUUUCGCCCGUCGAGAGACGCAUAAUGCCCAUGCUUUGAACCUGUACCGGGUCUUCGUGCCCCUCACCUGGGCCCUGGUCGUCGUCGUCGGCAUUUACUACUCCUCCCACUCGCCCGACGAUACCAAGGGCAGCAAGAAGAUCUGGAAACAGGCCAACAAGCAUAACACACCCUUCAGCCAAAACACAACCGUGACCGGGGUGUACUGGAUCCUCCUUCUCCUCUCCCAACUCAGCUACGUCUGGCACCUCUUCUCCAAAGAAACCGCCCUAGUCGCAGCCGCAGCCAACGUCGCCACACAUUUCAUUCUCAACAACCUAUUCGUCUUUGCCUGGAUUCUUCUCUGGACCCGAAACCACUUCUGGGGCGCCGAGAUCAUCCUGAUCGCCCACUUUAUCAACCAGUCCAUCACCUACUGGCGUCACCAAGGCCUCCCCGCCUUCGUCCAUCUACCCGCCGUCGCCGGACCCUAUGCCUGGACUCUGACAGCGCUCUUCUGGAACGGAGCCGUCGCCGUUCACAGUCAUAAUCUGCCAGGCCGGAUCGUUGCUAAUAUCUUUAUUUGGGUGAUCCUGCUGGUGGGUCUGUUUGAUAUUGCCGUGCGACAGGAUUAUAUCCUGGGCUAUUGCCUCAGUAUUCUCACGCUGUCGCUCGCACUCCGCCAGAUUGCCAUCAAGAUCAUUGCUUUGCAGUGGAUCUUUGCCUUUGUCGUCUUCGCUGUCUUCUUGGUUACUUCGAUCUAUAUCUCAACCACCAAGUACUAUGGUCGUGACAACUUGUUCCGCAGUGUUGCCCACCCCGACGCGACGGACCGUGAGCGCCAGCCUCUGCUCAAUGAGGAGGCAUAAGCAAUAAGAUUGGGCUGGGGGUUGAAUAUGUGGAUGGAUGCGAGUGUGGUGGAAGCUUGGUAGGAUGAAGCAUAGUCAUUGAAAGGGAGAAUGGUAAAGAAGGGAAGGCACGGGUGGUAGUCUGUCGAUGGAGAGGCAUUGAUGAAAUUUGUGGACCGGUUCACUCCAACUUAUGCGUGAUGGUUUAAUGGAUAUGCGAAGAAGAAUGAUUCCCUUUGUAUUUGGUUUUGGUUUGGCCUUUUCUCUAUCUGGUAUCGAUCUGUGAUAUAAAUGCAAGAUGAUUCCAUAUGAGUGAUCUAGGUCGAGAGCGCGAACUAGGACAAGAAGUAACGCCGAAGUAGAUAAAUAGGGGUCAAUUUCCACUUGGUUACUGUUUAUGUCCAUCGGAAUAUUUUGGUACUCGAUUAUUGAAGAAUUUUU